AAGAAUUAGAACAUUCUAAAACUUUGGUAGCUCCAAAAGCACCAUUUGGUAAGCACAAUCAAAAUGUUGAAUCACCAAAAGUAGAGGAGUCAAUGGGAGAAUUCGAGGACCCAUGGGAAGACGAAUUCGAGACAGAAUCAGAAAUAGAAG